UAUAAAAUUGUUAGUGUUUUUCUCUACUUACAUUUUUGUAACCAAACAAGUCAUCAAGUGUAAGAUGGAAGGCAAAUUUGUAGUUUUAAGUGUGCUCAUGAUGAGUCUGUUCAUGGUGCAAAUUCAAGUUGAAGCAAAGAUCUGCUGCCCAUCCCAGAAAACUAGAACUGCCUACACUAUCUGCGACUGGACGCCGAAAAUCUCCCAUAGCUUUUGUUUAUAUACCACUGGAUGCCUAGAAAUGGGUAGCUAUAAUUUAUGCCCGAAGGGCUUUAUUUACCACAGUCUCGAAAACUCAGGUGAUAACAUCAAUGAAUACUGCAAGCUGGGGUGUGCUAACUCUGUGUGCACUGCCUUGACUACUCUCAAGAACUCAGAUGCUAGUGAAAUUGUGAAUGGAGCAGUUGAAAAAUGUACCAAGGCAUGUUCUAUUCUCUGCUCCUAGGGCUCUGUGAAGCCUGCACUUGAAAGUGCCUAAACGAUCGAGUAUAUAUAUCCAUGAAGCUAAGAUACACACAUCCAUGUGUUCAAAGCGUUGUUUUCCCUGUUUUCAAUAAUUGUCAGUCUUUAUGACAAAAAAAUCUAGUCUCUUGUGUUAGCUCCCCUACUAUUUCUGGUUUUGUUUAUGUCUACAAUUUUCAGUUUGUAUAUGUG